AUGGCAGACUCUGAGCGUGCAUCGCCCACCAGCGAAGCGACGCCGCUGCUCCGCGACGACAACACCACCACUGAAAAUGGCAGCACCAACACAGAGGUCGAACGUCUCGCCCCGCGGCUGCGCACCGCCAUUCCCUUCUCCAUCAUCCUCAUCGCCGUCGAGUUCGCCGCCGCGCUGUGCGCAGCCGGCGUGGCCGCCCUGGUCGAGGGCUCGCUCUGCCGGACCGCGUUCCCAGAGGUGACGGAGCCGUACGGCGAUCCGCGCUGCAAGCACGAGGACGUGCAGGCGGACCUGGUGUGGAUCAUUGGCAUGGAGAAUACAAUCUCCGUCAUUCCGGGGCUGCUCAUGUCGAUUCCGUACGGCAUCGUCGCGGACAAGUACGGGCCGAACAUUGUGCUGGGUCUCAUCUGGGUCGGCCAGUUUCUGUCCGAAGGCGGCCAUCUCCUCGUUUGUUUGAAUCCGCAGAUAUUCAACGUGCGCUGGAUCUAUGCAUCUUCGUGCAUGACGCUGAUCGGCGGCGGUGGCGCGACGUGGGCGGCCAUGCGGUUCCUCGUCACGGCCAGUCUCGUCAGCGAGAAAAACAGAACCACACUGUUCUUUUACCUCCAAGCCUUCAGCGUCUCCAUUGCCUUCUUCACCGGCCCUGCCGUGUAUUUCAUCAUGAGCCGCGCCGGCCCCGUCGGGGCACAGGUCACCGGCGUGGUGCUCAUCGGGCUCAUGACCAUCCCGGGCUUCGCCAUGCCGCGCAAGCUCCGCAACACCCCUCUCGUCGCCGACGCACCUUCCUCUGCCCAGCAAUCCUCCGUCAUGGCCCGCGUGGCCGACGUCUUCCGCAGCGCCGCCGCGACGCUGCGCCUCGUCUUCGGGCACAACCUGCCGCUGACGCUGCUCCUCGGCGGCGUCGUCUUCACGCAGCUCGGCGCGUACGAGAUUACGUUCCGUCUGCAGUACGCGACGAAGCGCUUCGGGUGGACGUGGGCCGAGGCCGGCCUGCUGUCGUCCGUCGCCGCGGCCGCCAACCUCGCCGUGCUCGUACUCGUCCUGCCGGGCGCCAGCCACCUGCUGCUGCUGCGGUACCGCUUCACGGCACUGCGCAAGGACCUCUGGCUCGCGCGCGCCAGCGGGUGCGUCCAGGUCCUCGGCAGCUUCCUGACGGCGCUGGCGCCGACUGGGCCCGCGUUCGUCGCCGCAAUUGCGCUGUACGAGUGCAACAGGGGCUACACGCCCGCCGUCGUCAGCGUCAUCGUGUCGGUCGCGGAGCGCGCGGGCAUCGCGCAGCACUCGACCGUGUACGCGUGCAUCUCGACAAUGAGCGCCAUGGGGUCCAUGCUGGCGGGUCCGGUUAUGGCGAGCGCGUUUCGGGUCGGCUUGCGUUGGGGCCAGUCGUGGUACGGGCUGCCCUUCUUGGCGGCUGGGCUGCUGCAGCUGUGUACGCUUUUUAUUCUCCUCUAUGUGCGACAAAAGUAG